CGCAAAGCGGCCCGCGCUGCGGCCUUUCUGGGAAUUGCAGUUCUUUUGCCAAACAUUUUUGUUCAGCGUCUCCCCAGAUUCUAAGCAGCCUGUGGGAGCCGCUGUUCCGCCGUCUGUGGGCUUGAGUAUACCUGCGUACGGGUGGCCGCUAUAGAACGAUGGGGUCGUUGGUGUCUUGGUUCUAUUAACAACACUUUUUUCUUUACGUCCUUUUCACGGUGUAGUACCUUGGGGUGUUAUGUUGUUGUUGUUACCGUUAUUUUUAUCUCUCAUCUUGUGGCAUUUGCUUGAUAAGCAGACUCUGCAACCAUCGGUGUUCACCAGAAGUUUCUUAUGCAUGCCCUGUUCUUUUCAUCUCUCUGCAUUUCUGGUGUCCUGGGGAACAAGCAACAACAGUUCUAGUCUUUGUGUCUUUGGUAAGAUCCUUUGCGGUUUCCUUAUGUUUUAUUAGCUAUUUGUCGAAGCCCUGCUUGUUCUUAGAACUUAAUUCAGAUAUUCCGGCUACUGUAACUUCCUGGAUUCACUCCCACAAUGAACUCUUCCUUCCUCAGAACGCUGGUUUGUUGGCUUGUGCCUGGCUUCAUUUAUCUUGUUUUAUUCUGCUUGACAUUACUUGACUUGUUUGUGUCUCCCAUGCAAAUAGGGGCCGCCUUAUUAGAACUGUUACCGUGUUUUGAAUCUAAUAAUAAUAUUAAUAUCAUCAAAAAUGUGCACAUCUCUGAGGGGCUGGGCACUUUUGUAAGUGCCUUUUUAAAUUUUUAAAAAUUUUUUAAUGUCUUAGAAGGAACCCAACUUUUAUUUUACUGAGAAAAUAAUUUGAUCAGCACAGUGGCUAAAGUUUUUUUUCUGAUAAAUCUGAAACAGACUUCUGGUAGGGGAGUUCACAGUAACUCACAGCUGUUAAUGCCUUUCUCUGUUUUCCCCCUGAGUGUCACACAGAGUAAUGCUUGGGAAAGUCCUUCAGAGCCCCAGGUGGCCCACGAUUUCACAGAGUUGCCUACCACAGCACAAGCCGAGAAUGACUACAGAUCACAGCAAAAAGCUUCUUCCAGGCCUUCUCUUGCUUGCCUUGUGACCAUAGCUCUGGGGCUUCUGAAUGCAAUUCUUAUGAGUUUACUGCUAUACCAAUGGAUUCACUGCCAGGGGUCCAACUGCGAUACUUAUGCCAGCUGUCCUAGCUGCCCAGAUCUCUGGAUGAGACAUGGUAACCAUUGUUAUUAUUUUUCAACGAAGAAAAUGGACUGGAAUUCUAGUCUGCACUUCUGUUUAGCUGAAGACUCAGAUCUCCUGAUGAUAACGGACAACCAGGAAAUGAGCUUGCUUAAAGAUUUCAUCGAUGAGAAUUUUCACUGGAUUGGUCUGAGGAAUAAUUCUGGCUGGAGGUGGGAAGAUGGAUCAGCUUUAAACUUGUCAAGGAUUAUUUCUAAUAGCUGGAUACAGACAUGUGGUGCCAUCAAUGAAGAUGGUCUUCAAGCUUCCAGCUGUGAAGUUCCUUUGCAGUACAUCUGUAAGAAGGUCAGACGUUGAUGCAAGGCAGGACUGUACUGAAUCUCAGAUCUAUCAUGUCUAUUUGAAAAGAGGGGAGUGGCCAUUGGGCUUCUGGGCCAGCCAUGAGAAUAUAUUUAGUGAAUGCAAAGUCUACUAACAUAAUGGUAUUAGAUGAAAGACUAAUGUGGCCUCUAGAAAUUGAUACUGUACUGCUGGUUUCUCUUUGAGACAAUUUAAGUAUUAUGUUAAUAAUAAUACUUAAAGAUCAUAUUUAGGCAAAUUUAUAAAAUAGAUAAAAGUUUGCUUUUAGUAGUUUCACGCUGUCUGCUCAUGCUGGUUCCCAUAUUCCCCACCUCUACCAUCUCUGUCAAAGCUAUACCUAGUCUUCUAUCAAAGGCUGAAUGGAUCAAGAAAUGUUAUAUACCUACAGAGUGGAAAAUUAUUCAGCCAUCAAAAGAAUGAAAUCCUAUCAUUUGUAGUAACAUGGAUGAGCCUGGAGGAUAUUAUGUUAAGAGAAAUAAAUCAGACACAGAAAGACAAAUACCUUAUGUUCUCAUGGGUGAAAACUAAAAAAGGUUGAUCUCAUAUUUGUAGAAAGUAGAAUAGUGUACCAGAGGCUGUGAAGGGAGGAGGGUGGCAAAAUUUAGUUAACCAUUAGAUUGAGGAGUAAUUUCUAGUGUUCCAUAAAACAGUAGGUUGACUAGGUUAACAAUAAUUUAUUGUGGAUUUCAAAACAGACAGAAGAGAGGACUUUGAAUAUUUCUAUGUGUUUGAUAUGAUGGCUAUGUUCAUUAGCCUAAAUUGAUCAUUAUACAUUUUAUGUAUGAAUUGAAAUAUUGCACUCUACCCUACAAAUAUGUAUGAUUAAUAUGUGUCAAUUAAAAAUAAAAACCAAAGA